AUGGCCUCGCUACAGUCCAAUGCGCCUGCUGCACCUUCUGAGGGCAGAGGCUACGAUCCCGAGAUCAAGGACAUUGCCGAUUACAUCCACAACAAGCCAAUUGACUCGGAGCUGGCUUUCGACACUGCACGAUGGGUCUUUCUCGACACAAUCGGCUGCGGUCUCGAGGGUCUGCGCUUCAAGGAGUGCACCAAGCUGCUGGGUCCCAUUGUCGAGGGCACUGUAGUCCCCAAUGGCACAAAGGUCUUCGGUACUCCCUUCCAGCUCGACCCCGUCAAUGGCGCCUUUAACAUUGGUGCCAUGAUCCGGUGGCUCGACUACAAUGAUUGCUGGCUGGCUGCCGAGUGGGGACAUCCCUCCGACAACAUGGGUGCCAUCCUCGCCGUCGCCGACUGGAUCAACCGGACCAACAAGGCCGGCGGCAACCUCGCGGGCGGCAAGACCUUCACCGUCCGCGAUGUGCUCGAGGGCAUGAUCAAGGCCCACGAGAUCCAGGGAUGCCUGGCCCUGCUCAACUCUUACAACAAGGUCGGCCUGGACCACGUUGUGCUCGUCAAGGUCGCCAGCACAGCUGUGGUCUCCAAGAUGCUCGGCCUGAACGAGAGGCAGACCGCCGAUGCCGUUACCCAGGCCUGGGUGGAUGGCCAGAGCCUGCGCACCUACAGACACUCCCCCAACACCAUGUCCCGAAAGUCAUGGGCUGCUGGUGAUGCCUGCCAGCGUGCCGUCAACUUGGCCCUGAAGGUCCUCAAGGGCGAGCCCGGUGUGCCCACCGUUCUCUCUGCCCCCGUCUGGGGCUUCUACGAUGUCCUGUUCAAGGGCAAGAAGUUCGAGUUCCAGCGCCCCUAUGGCAGCUACGUCAUGGAGAAUGUUCUGUUCAAGGUCUCGUACCCAGCCGAAUUCCAUUCCCAGACCGCCGUUGAGGCUUCCCAGAAGAUCUUCAACCAGCUCAAGUCUAUGGGCAAGAGCGCCGCCGACAUCAAGGGUGUCACUUGCCGGACACACGAAGCCUGCAUCCGCAUCAUCGACAAGCAGUUUAAGCCCAUGGACAACUUCGCCGACCGUGACCACUGUAUCCAGUACAUGUGCUCGGUCAUGCUGACCUUCGGCCGCCUGCAGGCCACCGACUACACUGAUGGCUCGGAGGCAGCCACCUCGGAGCUGGUCGAGUCGCUUCGCAAGAAGAUCAAGUGCGUCGAGGAUCCCCAGUUCACCAAGGACUACCACAACCCCGAGCUGCGCACCAUCUCCAACGCCCUGACCGUUGAGCUGAACGACGGCACUGUCCUCGAGGAGGUCGUUGUCGAGGCUCCUCUUGGCCACCGCCUUAGACGCGAGGAGGCCAAGCCUGAGAUCCUCGCAAAGUACAAGAGGCAUCUUGAGCCUCACUUCGACAGCUCCAAGGUUCAGCAGCUCGUCGACCUUGGUCUGGAUGCCAAGAAGCUCGAGUCCACACCUGUGGAUGAGUACGUCGACCUGUACGUAGUCAAGGAGAGCAAGUUCGUGUAG